CUCUUCUUCAUCUACUUUAAUUUCACUUCACUUAUUUAAUUUUCCUAUUUAAUUUAAUUUUUCUAUUUUUCCUCCACUCUCAGAUCUGAAUAAUUCAGAAUCUCUCUCUAGGGUUUUCUGUUUUUCCCUCUUUAGUUUCAAGAAAAACCAAUUAGUUCUAAUAUCUAUAUGUUGAGGUCAAUUUUUAUGUUAGACGUAUUUAUAUAUUUUGAAAAAGAAUAAUGUUGGGCUGUAGGUAAUUGAGAAAUGGCGAGGGAGAAAAUCAAGAUAAAGAAGAUUGAUAACCUAACGGCGAGGCAGGUGACGUUCUCUAAGCGACGGAGAGGGCUUAUCAAGAAGGCUGAGGAGCUGUCGGUCCUCUGCGACGCCGAGGUUGCGCUCCUCGUCUUCUCUGCCACCGGGAAGUUCUUUGAGUAUUCAAACUCCAGUAUUAAGGAUGUUAUAGCUAGAUAUAAUUUGCACUCUAGUAACCUUGGAAAGUUGGAAUAUCCAUCCAUCGGGUUGCAGGUUGAAGAUAGCAACCACGUCCAAUUGAAUAAGGAAGUUGAAGAUAUGAACCAACAACUUAGGCAGAUGAGGGGAGAGGAUCUUCAAGGAUUGAACUUAGAAGAUUUGAAGCAAUUGGAAAGAAAGCUUGAAGUUGGUCUCACACGAGUUCUUCACACCAAGGAAAAGAAGAUUAUGAGGGAAAUUGAUGAACUUGAGCUUAAGGGAGCGAGGCUGAUGGAAGAAAACAAGAUGCUUAAACAGCAGAUGUUAAGGCUGUCGAAUGAAAGAUUAAUGGCGGUGCUUGUGGAUUCCUCCGACGUUCGUGUGGCUGCGGAAGAAGGACUUUCGUCGGAAUCCGCCGCCAACGUCUAUAGCUGCAACAGCGGCCCUCCUGCCGACGACGACAGCUCCGACACCUCUCUCAAAUUAGGGCCUCCUUGCCCAAAUUGAGGCAGAAGUACUUUUGGAGGGAUGGAGAAGGUGCAAAAUAAUAAGAUUAAAUGACACAAAUGAAAAUGACUUGUUGGCAUUCUAUUUAAUAUAAUUAAUUCACGAGGGAACGACAUGGAUUUUACAAGAAGCGAUUUUAGUAAGUGCAUAUAGAUAAUCUUCAACUUUUUACCUUUUGAUCUAAAAUUUACCUCUUAGGUUAAUGAAGCAAUUUGCUUACAGUGGGAACCGAUUUUAGUUUAAUCAAUUAGAUAUUAUAUUGUUUAUUGUGAUAAAAUCAAUCUUCAAUUUGCCAACAAACACGAAAGAUAGAAGAUUUUAAUA